UAAACUGGCAACAUUUGUAUAUAUGCGCACGCAAAUAUAAUUUUUUUUCUCUUUUUCAUUGUAAUUCUCAUAGCUCGUCGAGAAAUUUCUGGCUAGUGGUUAGAAAAUUUUUACCUGAUCACAGCAUAGAUCAAAAAUGGUUAAAGAGACGACUUAUUAUGAUAUUCUUGGGGUGAAACCCAGUUGUACCCUAGAUGAGUUAAAGAAAUCUUACAGGAAGCUUGCUUUGAAGUAUCAUCCAGAUAAAAAUCCAUCAGAAGGAGAAAGGUUUAAGCAAAUCUCUCAGGCUUAUGAAGUUCUUUCAAACCCUGAGAAACGUAAAAUCUAUGAUCAAGGUGGAGAACAAGCAAUCAAAGAGGGUGGUAUUAGUGGAAGUGGUGGCAUGUCAUCUCCAAUGGACAUAUUUGACAUGUUCUUUGGUGGUGCCACUAGAAAAAGAGACAAUAGAAGUGCAAAUGUAGUUCACCAAUUAGGUGUAACUCUCGAUGAACUAUACAAUGGAGCUGUGAGAAAAUUAGCUGUCCAGAAGAAUGUUAUUUGUGAAAAAUGUGAAGGUCGUGGUGGCAAAAAAGGAGCUUUAGAAAAGUGUACCAAAUGUAAUGGAAGUGGCAUGCAGACGCAUGUGCAACAAUUGGGUCCAGGGAUGGUGCAACGAAUUCAAAGUAUAUGCCAAUCUUGCCAAGGUCAAGGAGAAUACAUAAAUCCAAAAGACAGGUGCAAAAAUUGUCAUGGCAAGAAAGUGGUUCGCGAACGAAAGUUACUUGAGGUGCACAUUGAUAAAGGCAUGGAAGAUGGGCAUAAAAUCACUUUUGCUGGAGAAGGAGAUCAAGAACCAGGUUUAGAGCCUGGUGAUAUUAUUAUUGUAUUGGAUGAAAAAGAACAUGCUGUGUUUAAAAGACAUGGCUCUGAUAUUAUUAUGAAAAUGGAACUCACAUUGGUGGAAGCUUUGUGUGGUUUCCAACGAAUUAUUCGGACUUUAGAUAAAAGGGAACUUAUUAUUACAGUGUUGCCAGGUGAAGUCACAAAACAUCUAUCAUACAAAUGCAUUCUGAAUGAAGGUAUGCCUCAAUACAAGAAUCCUUUUGAGAAGGGCAAGUUCAUUAUUAAUUUCCAUGUCAAAUUCCCUGAAACUCUUUCCACUGAUGCUAUUGCCCAGAUAGAAGCCCUUCUGCCUCCUAGACCUGAAUAUAUUAUUCCUGAUGAUGCUGAAGAACUUCCUCUUAUGGAUAUUAAUCCCGAGAAUGAUAGGCAUUCAAAAUAUAGGCAGCCACUUGAAGAUGAUGAUGAUCGUUAUGGUAGACCUCAAGGUGUUCAAUGUCAAACUCAUUAGUACCGAUUUUAAAACUUAAAAUCAGUGAUACAUAUACAUACAUGUGUGUAUAUAUAUAUAUAUAUUUAUUUUCUUCUUCACUUGAUUGUAAUCAUUUUUUGUAGCAUCAGAGGAAGAAUAUUUUAAUUCUGGGAACCAAAUUUUUUGUUCACUUAUGUACAAUUAAAAUGUAUAUGCCGAAA